AAUUAUAUACUUGUUUCAGCUUACGCUCUGGGGCUCUAUUUCACCGGCUCUACUUCCGAUCACAAUGGCGCAAGCGUCUAAAGGAUUGAUUGGCGCGCUGCAAGCAUCUUUAGGAGGCCUUUUAUCAACCUCUGGCCGCUUGCAUGGCGGUCUGGGACCUUCCGCGGGACCAGCGGCGCUCGUGUCCGGAGCUUGGGGCCUCAGCGCGUGUGCUGCAUUCACUCGCUCGGUUGCCACCACCUCGGCGGGCGCCAGCGCGACCGCGCCAGCGGAACCGGGGCCAGCCAGCACGGCGAGCGACGCUGGAUCUGGGGCAGCACAAGAAGCAGAGGCUAUCAGUAGCGGGAGCAACAGCGGUGGCGGUGGCUUCAGCACGGGGUUCCGCAAGGUGGUGUCUGAGCGGCGAGCGGGGCAGCUGGGGGCGCUGGAGGGCAUCGUGCACAUCCAAAACACAUUAAACAACAUCAUCCUCACGCUAACAGACAAGCAGGGCCUGAUUAAGACGUACACAUCUGCGGGCGUGGUGGGUUACAAGGGCAGCCGCAAGAGCCAGCCGGUGGCGGCGGAGAAGGCGGCGGAGGAGCUGGCGCGCCGGGCGCUCAAGCUAGGCUACUCGUCGGUGCAGGUGCGGCUCAAGGGCGCGGGCUCCAACAAGCAGUACGCGGUGACGUCUCUGGCGGCGGCUGGUCUCACCAUCACCAGUCUGGCGGACGUGACGCCAGUGCCCUACAACGGAUGCCGCCUGCCCAAGAAGCGGCGCGUGUAGGCCUGCAGGACUCUGGUGCUGCAGCUCCGGGUGGGCCCCAAGCGCAGUGCGUUCUGGGGGCCUGCGUGACGAGUGAAGGCGAUGCUAGCAGUGGCCGCCUGGGCGGGGGUUGCAUGGUGGGUUUAGGCCAGAGGCGCGGCUGUAUGACCAGUAGGGGCAGGAGGCGAGGCAGGAGGCAGAGCAGAAAAGUGCUGUGAUGCGUGGAUGGGGCGAAGCGAUGAGUUGAUGCGGCGAAUCACAUGCUCCGGUAAUGGUCUGUAACGGACUAAGGAGGUACGGCAAGCGAUUUACACGCGCACCACUAUGGGCAGGCCAGUGGCCAUGGCUGAAAGGCAGGCUGAAAGGCGCCACCAGUGGAAUGGUCAGAUCAGGUUGCCAAUGCUGCAGCCCCAUGACCUACAGCUGAGGCAGCCGAGGCAGGAGAGGCGGGUGGACCGGUGCUGUGGAAGUCCGGUCAUGGGGCCCUCGCAGGCCUCCAUGUAUGUGUAUCGUGCCGGGGAUGAGUGUUGCCCAUCCAGGUCCCCCAAGCCUAU